AUGAGUUCUGAAGUGCAGCAACAAAUUCAGCAGGAUUGGGAGAACGGAGAAUUCAUAGAAAUUGUCUCUGAGGGAAUAAAAAAGAUUGCAGAGUUCCUAAGCGACUUUGGUAAGCCAAAGAUUUUCUCACUUUGACUGACUACUGCAAUGAGCAAUAUAUUUGUUUACUACUUAAAAAGUCAAGUUAUAUAGCGUUAGGAACAUAAAAUGUUAUGCCUACACUGAUAUGUACAUAUUUUGGGAGUAUGCUAUGACUAAAUCUUAAUUUAGAACCGAUGCAUGGACACUUUUUAAUACCACAUCUCUUCAAAUGCCAGAUAUGUCAUGCAGAUCAAGAUUAGCGAAGAUAAAUGAUCAACUAACAUCACUUGAACAGAGAGUGGAAUUUAUUGAAGCCAGAGUAAGUAGCCCCUGGACCUAG